AUGUCUCCAAUUGCCAUUUCAGACAAUCAAGAGUACAAAAUCGCCACUAUCCCAGCUGACGGCAUUGGACCUGAGGUCAUCGACGCUGGCGUAGAAGUUCUCAAGGUUUUGAGCGAGGCCUCUGGGUCCUUCAGUCUCAAGUUCCAGAAUUACGACUGGAGCUCAGAAACAUAUAAGAAGACCGGCAAAUAUAUCCCAGAUGAAGGGCUUGUAAGCCUGAAACAGCACGAUGCAAUCCUUUUCGGCGCUGUUGGUGCUCCAGAUGUUCCAGACCACAUCUCCCUUUGGGGAUUGCGACUGGCGAUCUGCCAGCCAUUCCAGCAAUAUGCCAAUGUUCGUCCAACGAAGAUCCUCAAGGGUACUCAGUCACCUCUCCGAAAUGCAAAUACUGGCGAUCUCGAUUGGGUAAUUAUUCGCGAGAAUAGCGAAGGAGAGUAUGCUGGACAAGGAGGCAGAUCUCAUCGCGGCCAGCCAUGGGAGACGAGCACCGAAGUCUCUAUCUUCACUCGACAUGCCGUAACCAGGCUUAUCAGAUUCGCAUAUGAAACUGCGCAAAAGCGGCCGAAGAAGCAUCUCACAGUCGUGACCAAGUCUAAUGCGCAGCGCAAUGGAAUGGUAAUGUGGGAUGAAAUUGCCGCAGAAGUCGCUAGGGAGUACCCAGAUGUGCACACCGACAAAAUGCUCGUUGACGCGAUGACGUGCCGCAUGGUACUCCAGCCCAAUUCGCUCGAUACCAUUGUUGCCACCAAUUUACACGCGGAUAUUCUUUCGGAUCUUGCAGCGGCCCUGGCCGGUUCGAUCGGCAUUGCACCAACAUCCAACCUUGACCCGACAAGGCAAAAUCCCAGCAUGUUCGAACCGAUUCAUGGAUCUGCUUUCGAUAUCACUGGAAAAGGUGUUGCCAACCCUGUCGCCACCUUUUGGACUGCCGCGGAAAUGCUGAGAUGGCUUGGCGAGGAAGAGGCAGCAGAUCGGUUACUGGAAUGUAUCGAAGAUGUCUGUGGCCAAGGCAUCUUAACGAAAGAUCUUGGUGGCUCUGCGAACACAAAGGAGGUAACCGAGGCUGUAAUUCAGGCGAUUCGGAAAUCGUACAAGCUGCAGAAGGCUGCUUAA